AGACCAAUCAGGGAGCAAGAUAAACCUCUAGGGGCGGGGCCAAGUCAAGCUAAGUUCUCCCGCUGUCCCGGGUCCUGGAGCUCUCCAGGCUGGACACGUCUGUCACCUCUCUGGUCCUUCUUUUGCGGGCCGGCCACCGUGUAUGUAGGAUUGAGCAAGAGGCUGGUGCCAGGCUGAGGCUGUUGAGCUCCAAGGCUCUGUGCUCCAGGAAAGGUGUCUGCUGGGACUCUGGCGAGCUCAGCUCCCUGGUCAAGCAGGUGCCAGAGCACUGUGCUGUGUCUCCAGCAGCUCCAAGGGCUCUGUGCUCACCCUGUCCUGGUGGUGUCUGAGUUUGAACAUGGUGCAAAAAUACCAGUCUCCUGUCCGAGUGUACAAGUAUCCAUUCGAGCUGGUCAUGGCGGCCUAUGAGAAGCGCUUCCCCACCUGCCCGCUCAUCCCUGUUUUCCUGGGUAGUGAAAUCCUGGGCGAGUGGAGAAGCGCAGAUGGGGCUGUGCACACAGUGGAGCGGAGCUGCCGACUGCGUGUGGAUGCCCCGCGGCUGCUGCGGAAGAUUGCUGGUGUGGAACACGUGAUCUUCGUGCAGAGAAACGUGCUGAACUGGAGAGAGAGAACCCUGCUGAUUGAUGCCCACAAUGAAACCUUUGCCAGCCGAGUGACGGUGAAGGAAAACUGCCGCUACACAGUCCAUCCUGAGAAUGAAGACUGGACUUGCUUCGAGCAGUCCGCCUCCCUAGAUGUCCGGUCCUUCUUCGGCUUUGAAACCACCUUGGAGAAGAUCGCCAUGAAGCAGUACACGGCCAACGUCAAGAGGGGGAAGGAGGUGAUUGAGCACUACCUGAGUGAGCUCAUUUCCCAGGGAACAUCUCACAUCCCCCGCUGGACACCUGCCCCAGUCCGGGAGGAAGAUGCCCGCAGCCAGGCUGUGCACCAGUGUCCCAGCUCCAUGGUGGCAGAUGACCCCAGUGAUGCCCCAGGCCCCGAUCCUGAGAUGGCCACAGCGGAUGGGCACAAGCUGGAUGCAGACUACAUAGAGAGGUGCCUGGGGCACCUCACUCCUAUGCAGGAGAGUUGCCUGAUCCAGCUCCGGCGCUGGUUACAGGAGACUCACAAAGGCAAGAUCCCCAAAGAUGAGCACAUCCUGCGCUUCCUGCGGGCACGAGACUUCCACCUGGACAAGGCCCGGGACAUGUUGUGCCAGUCCCUGAGCUGGCGGAAGCAGCACCAGGUGGAUCUCCUUCUGCAGACCUGGCAGCCCCCUGCUCCCCUGCAGGAGUUCUAUGCCGGAGGUUGGCACUACCAGGACAUAGAUGGUCGCCCGCUGUACAUCCUGCGCCUGGGCCAGAUGGACACCAAAGGCCUGAUGAAGGCAGUAGGCGAGGAGGCGCUGCUGCAGCACGUUCUUUCUGUCAACGAGGAAGGACAGAAGAGAUGCGAAGGGAACACGAGACAGUUUGGCCGUCCCAUCAGCUCCUGGACCUGCCUACUGGACCUCGAGGGCCUCAACAUGCGGCAUCUGUGGCGGCCGGGGGUGAAGGCCCUGCUGCGGAUGAUCGAGGUGGUGGAGGACAACUAUCCCGAGACCCUGGGCCGGCUGCUCAUCGUGCGUGCGCCCCGCGUAUUCCCGGUGCUAUGGACGCUGGUCAGCCCCUUCAUCAAUGAGAACACCAGGCGGAAGUUCCUCAUCUACAGCGGAAGCAAUUACCAGGGCCCUGGCGGCCUGGUGGACUACCUGGACAAGGACGUGAUCCCUGACUUCCUGGGAGGAGAGAGCGUGUGUAACGUUCCAGAAGGAGGCCUGGUCCCCAAGUCCCUGUAUCUGACCGAAGAGGAGCAGGAGCAGGCUGACCAGCUACGGCAGUGGAGUGAGACCUACCAUGCAGCCAGUGUGUUCCGUGGGACCCCCCACGAGGUUGCCAUGGAGAUUCCAGAAGGAGAGUCAGUCAUCACCUGGGACUUUGACAUCCUCCGAGGAGACGUGGUGUUCAGUCUGUAUCAUGUAAAGCAGGCACCCACGCUCGGUCCCCAGGAGCCUGGGGUUAGAGUCAGUGGGCAGCUGAUCGACAAGAACUGGGUCCUAGGGGCAGAUUACAGCCGUGUAGAGGCUCCCCUCAUCUGCCGGGAAGGCCAGAGCAUUCAGGGUUCUCAUGUGACUCAGUGGCCUGGCACCUACCUGCUCCAGUGGCAGAUUCACAGCCCCUCUGAGAGUGUGGCCUGCAGCCUCCCCGGUGUGGAUGAUGUCCUGACAGCUCUGCACAGCCCUGGCCCCAAGAGCAAACUGCUGUACUACUGUGAAGUGCUGGCAUCCCAAGACUUUAGGGGCUCCAUGUCCAGCCUUGAAUCCUGCACCAGCCGUUUCUCUCAGCUCAGCACCACCACCUCUUCCUCCUUCUCUGGCCAGUCCCACAGUGGCUCAGUGGUGUCCAGAUAGCUGGCUGGGAUCCUGCUGGCAGCCCAAGUGCCUCUAGUAUCAGUGUCCAGGCUGAGAAGAGAGUCAGUCUAGACACCUGGGACCAUGCUGGAUACAGAUGAUGCCACAGCUGGGGUUUGGGGACCCCCCACAGCAGAGAUCCACCUCUUUGCCUGUGAGCUGAGGGAGCCUUGCUUCUCCGCGCGCGUGAGUGGACAAGACAGACUUUCUUUUAAAAGCUGAGACCUCAUGGAUACUCCAUCUCCUAUGUCCUUGAUCUGGAGUCUAGGGCUGGGACCAGGACUGGGCCCCUUCUCACCAUUUACUGUGCUUCUAAUAGGUUGGCCCUUUCCUCUGGGAGGGAGGCCUUUUCUACCAUGGGAUCAUCACUGUUGGGCACCUCCGCUAUCUCCCAGGAGAGUGCAAAGGAACAUCCCUUCCCAAAGUUCCAGUCCACUCUCCUUAGCUUGCUGGGGCCCGGGUCCAUUCUGAGCCAAUCACAGUUGUCAGGAAGUGUGAAGGGCACUUGAUUGCCAGCGUGGUCAUAUAGCCAAUCUGGACCAAUCACUGUGACUUGGGGGGGGGGGGAAUAGAAUACAGUGUAGUGAUUGGCCAGCCUGGAUUACAGACUAGUGCUGGGGCCAAGCACGUGGUCUGGAAAGGGCAAGGUGGGCUGAAGGACUACUGGGGAUGGGUCGCCGGGAGAUGGUGCCCUAGUGCCUGGUUGUUUUGCUGUUUGUGGCUGAGCACUGUCCAGGGAGCUGUGAUGGGAGUCAGGGCUCCGCUUCUUGCAGGAAACAACCCACCAUGGACGCAACUUACCCUGACUCAGGAACAUAGAGAGUCUAGGGCUUCUGCCUAGUUCUAGGCAGUGAUGGGGUGUUGGGAGUGACUCCAGCCUCUCUUGUUCCCCUCCAGAAUCUCUUCUUCCUGAGGUGAGGCUCCUUUAUGAUAUUAAAAAACAAACAAACAAAACAAAAAACUAAAACCCUGCCGGGUAGUGGUGAUAUACACUUUUAAUCCCAGCACUCGGGAGGCAAGGCAGGCGGAUCUCUAUGAGUUCGA